AUGGAACCCCAGGAGGCAGAAACACAGAAGGAACCUCAGGAGGCAGAAACACAGACAAUGGAACCUCAGGAGGCAGAACCUCAGGAGGAAGAAACACAGGUAAUGGAACCUCAGGAAGAGGCAGAAACACAGGAAGAGGCAGAAACACAGGUAAAGGAACCUCAGGAGACAGAAACACAGAUAAUGGAACCUCAGGAGGCAGAAACACAGACAAUGGAACCUCAUGAGGCAGAAACACAGAUAAUGGAUCCUCAGGAGGCAGAAACACAGGAGGCAGAAACACAGGCAAAGGAACCCCAGGAGACAGAAACACAGGUAAUGGAACCUCAGGAGGCAGAAACACAGGCAAAGGAACCUCAGGAGGCAGAGGCUGAAACACAGGUAAUGGAACCUCAGGAAGCAGAAACACAGGUAACGGAACCUCAGGAGACAGAAACACAGAUAAUGGAACCUCAGGAGGCAGAAACACAGGUAAUGGAACCUCAGGAAGCAGAAACACAGGGAAUCGAACCUCAGGAGACAGAAACACAGAUAAUCGAACCGUAG